GCGGGCCGGUCUGAGGGCCCCCGGCCGUCCUCGCGGCUACCCCGCCUUUUUUCCCGGGGCGGAGCUGGGCUGUGGCUGCGGCGGCAGCUGCGGCGGCUGAGGCGGGGCCGCCGAGGAGGCCGAGGAGGCGGAGCCGGCCGGAGCUGCCUGAGUGACGGCUGCGGCCAAGCGGGCUCAGCUCAGAGGGGAGGCAGCAGCGCCAUGGCCCCGGUGGGGGCGGACCGAGUGGGCUACUGGGGCCCCACCACGUCCACCCUGGACUGGUGCGAGGAGAACUACGCCGUCUCCUUCUACGUGGCCGAGUUCUGGAACACACUGAGUAACCUGAUUAUGAUUCUACCUCCAAUCUAUGGUGCCAUUCAGACAGUCAAAGAUGGAUUGGAAAAGCGAUACACAGCUUCCUAUUUGGCUAUUACAGUGGUAGGAUUGGGAUCGUGGUGCUUCCAUAUGACUCUGCAGUAUGAAAUGCAGCUAUUGGAUGAAUUACCCAUGAUCUACAGCUGUUGUAUAUUUGUCUACUGCAUGUUUGAAAGUUUCAAGACUAAGAGCACAGUCAAUUAUCACCUGAUUUUUAUAUUAGUGCUAUUCAGCUUAAUAGUAACCACGGUUUACUUAAAAGUUAAAGAACCUAUAUUCCAUCAGGUCAUGUAUGGACUAUUGGUUUUUGCUCUAGUUCUGCGGUCUAUUUAUAUUGUUACAUGGGUAUAUCCAUGGCUUAGAGGACUGGGUUAUACAUCCUUAGGAAUAUUUUUAAUGGGAUUUUUCCUUUGGAAUGUGGACAACAUCUUUUGUGAUUCACUGAGGAGCUUUCGGACAAAAGUGCCACCUUUUGUGGGCGUUUUUACACAGUUACAUGCUUGGUGGCACAUUCUUACUGGCCUUGGCUCUUACCUUCACGUCCUUUUCAGCUUAUACACAAGGACACUUUUCCUGCGGUACAGACCAAAGGUGAAGUUUCUCCUUGGAAUAUGGCCCACGAUCCUGGUGGAGCCGCCCAAGAAGGACAUAUGAGAAGAGGGCCCACAGAGAAGCUCAGCCACCCGCUGCUGGCCUGGUUACCUGGGGAGGAGAAUCCCAACACUCUCCAAGCUUCCACAUUAAAUUAUGUACCGGCUCUUGUGGUGAAAAGAUGCGUCUCUGCCUGUACCACGGGGCCAGAAACACGAGAAGGGCGCGUGGUGGGCCUUUCUCUCAUACUGUCUAGAAGAACCCGUAUGGUGUUCAUGUACAUAUCCAAGUGCUGCAGAACUCGGGCUUCUCUCAUGAGUAUUCACUGGUCGUUACCCAUCGGUCACAGCAGUGACCUUUCCCUCUUGGAUGUGGGCUGAAUCUGAUCUGUAACUUUUCUCUGUGAUUUUGAAUGAAUAUGUAAUUGAUAAUGGACAUUGUUGGCUGGGGUGGAUCCAGACUAAGUGUCUAUCUCACUGCUUAGUAGUGAGCUUACUGUUUAGCCAUGUCAUUCGGAUACCUGUUGAAGGAAACUCAGAAGGUUGUUGCCACGGGGAAAGGGCCCAGCCACAGGGUGGUGGUCUGCUCCACCGGCUGAGCCAGGCGGUUGUGUGCCCUCCGCUGACCCUGGGAGCCAGGCAUUCUGGCUCAGGCCCACCACCGGCCCUUCACAUCCCUCACUUACCCUCUCAGCCCAGGCACUUGCCUGUGUCUUUGGCCCAUACUGGGUCACAGAUUCAGCCUAUCACAAUUCAAUCACCAUCGAGGGUGCCCAUUAUCAUGUCACUUAGGCCACAAAUUGGCCAUCCGACAUUCCUCUAGCCAGUCCUUGAUCCCAGCAAUGUUGGGUACCCCCGUGACCCUUGGGAAUGUGGUUUACCUUAUGGUCUGUUUUCAAGGAACCAAUUCAUGGUACUGGGCAAGACAUUCUCUGUAUUCUCUGAGGAGGCCGUGCCAAACAAAGCCCGGUAAAUCAAGGUUGGAGCUGAAUAUUUGGGCUGUGAUUUCUUCCUCUUUUUAAGCUAAUUAAAGGUGUUAUUUCUAACAAGCAUUCACACACUGCCUCCAGCUCCUUCUAGUCUUUUGUAGAUCCCCUUAGCCUCCCGCUUGUGGUCUAAUCAAGCCCGGAGCAAGCUGCCUCUGCUCUGUCCAGUUGUAUUCUUGUGCUCACAUAAUUUUCAUCUCCAGAAAAUAUCAAUGAAUGACUUACACUAACUUUUCAAAUGUUCAGUAAUUAUAAAUUCUCUAAGAAACAUGAGACUCCCAGUGAAGUUUGCAACCCCCAUAUGUCUGCUCCUCUUUGCAUCUGAGGGAAGUAGGCCAAAAGCUUGAGAACAGCCUCGGGCAGCUCUGAAUUCACCAGAAACUGUUGUCUCAGGCAGUCCUGCUCUAUCAUCAGACAGCUCAUUCUUCUGUGAGUUUGACUAUGUGACACCCAGAUUCAGCCGAAGGCUCACCGGGUGGCACCUUUGCCUAAAGGGGUGUUAGCAAAUGAAUGUUGUUAGCGAGCUUACUUCCUAGAUGGUAAUUCCUUUGUUAGCUCAAGCUGACAUUCCCACAGAGAAUCUGUUCUAGUUCCUCUUAUAUGCAAUCUCACUGCUAAAGACCUUGACUAUUUUUACAGUAUUAAAUAAGUGACCUUAACACAAAUUUAAAAUAAACCUGUUUCAGGUUUUUUGGAAUUUAUUUUAAACGUGUUAUUCAAUGACCUUUUGUUGCUUUUAAGAGUUUUCCCACUUUUACUCAUCCCAAUGGCCCUCAUUUUCUGCCAUUUGGCAAGUCAAUGCUGCUUCUGUUCUCUUAGUCCAAUUCACCAGCCAGGUUGAGCCCUGCCUAGAUUUUGUUGAUUUUUCUUCCAAGAGACAAAAUGUGAGAAGACACAUUGGCUCUGGUUCUCUGUGCCUUAGGAUUCUGGGACAUUGAAGAAUUCUAUACACUACAAGUCACUUCUCCGCCUCCUGCCUUGGGAAAUCUGAAGAUUACCUCUUCCAUCCCAAUUUCAGCUAAGUAGUUGGUUAACUUUUAUAGUCUGUUCUUAAAAAGAGCUUUGGACUUAGAGUCAGAAGACCUGGGUCUGCCAUUUAUUAGUCGGUUCAGCUUAGAUCACAUUCCCUUUCUGAGAUUCAAUAUUCAUAUCUGUUCAUGGGAAUAAUGAUCGUACUAUUUACUUUGCAGGAUUAUUGUGAGAAAAACAUUUUAUAAGUAGUAAAAUACCAUUUAAAUGUGAGCUACUUAUAUUAUUUCUCUACUCUGAACUUUGUUAAUACCAAUAUGCAGCUCUAUAUCUAUGAUCAAAGGAACAGAAUGAGAGCCCUCCCAAACUUGCUAGGGACAUGGUCUACAAGAAUUUGAAUGUGUUAACUCAUCUGUCUGUAGCACUUCACAGUCUAUUAGAUACCAUCUUCCAAGCCUGAAAUGGAUGGUUCAAACCUAGAUCUUUCAUAUUCAAGUCCUUUAAGGUGCAGCUCAGAUGCCACCUCCUCCAUGAAACUUUCCCUGAAUCAUUCAGGGAAAAAAAUGAUCUCCUCUGUAGACUUUCACAGAGCCCUUUGUUCACCCUCCUUUGCCCCUAUCAUACACUACUCCUAUCAUGUUCAUGUUAUUUCUAUUAAGCUGUAAAGCUCCCUGAUAACAAGAGCUAUGUUGUCAUCCUCCGUUGUAUCCCUAUUGCUCAGCACAAUGCACUAAAGCGAUCGAAUUAAACAAGAUAAACAAUGUGAA